GCGCCGUGUGUGUCGUCCGUCGUUCGGCCGGCUCGACCCGGCCCGGAGUCCCCCGCGCCCGUACGGAUACCGCAGUUUCUGUCGGAGUCCGCGACAUCUCUUGGCGAGCCCGCCUCGCGGUGUCUGACCAACAUGGCGACGACCGUUGCCCUGCUACUGUUGACGACCGUUGCCAUGGCAACAGAGGCGCCUGACCUAAGCCUGAGCCUGCGUCGCCCGCUGAUCGUGAAGGCCGGUCGGGACGCGCUGCUCACCUGCGUGGUCCACAACCUGGCCAAUCACACCCUCCUUUGGCGGCGGGACCUGCCGGAGGCAGACACCGCCGCAGGGGGUGGUGGAGAGGCGCUGGGCGUGCUCACCGUCGGAGACUACCGGGUCAUCGACGACCCCAGGGUCAUGGUGCUGCAUGAUGACGCUUCCGUGAUUCGAUUCUGUUUUCUUUUUUCAUGUCAUUGGACAAUGUUGCAAGCGUGCUUUUGGAACUUCAUGGCCCCUGAGUUUUGCACGUCACCUGUAGUUGGUUUCGUUUGGAGUUUGAGCAUCAACUCACCUGGCCCUUCGUUUUUAGCGCGGAACAUGAAAUCCGACCACGUCGCCGGCGGAGACGUGUUCGUGCUGGCCAUCAUGAACACGACCGUCGAGGACAGCGGCAUGUACAUCUGCGAGGUGAACACCUCACCGGUCUCCCGCUCUUACCACAAGCUCACAGUCGGCACUGCAGGUGGUAGUGCGCUCGCUGGGCGAGCUCCAGGUCAGCUGGACGGCCGGCGACAGCAGCGCCCCAGCGCCCGACCUCUUCACCGUGAACGUGACACGACUGAGACGAUUUGAUGGCGCGCAGCUGGGGCUAGAUGACAACGACACUGCGCUGGAGGAGGGGCCUCAGCCGGGAGCGCAGGUGCAGCUGUUUAAUGUGACGGCGUCGCGCAUGUUCCUCAUGGUGGACGCCCUGCAGCCGCUGACCAUGUACGAGGUCUCCGUGAGCGCCCACAACGCAUACGGCAGCAGUCUGACCUCGCAGCGCGUGCGCGCCGUCACCUGGCGCUCGGAGACGAGCAACGCGGUGCGCCAGCCGCCGCCCGGAUCCCGGCUGUUGCCAUCUCACCUCCGCCUAUAUGACGUCACUGACACCUGCGUACCGCACGCCUCCAGGUGCCUGCGCCAGCUGUGCGACCCGCGCGUGGCGAGCGACACAGUGGUCACUGACGUCAUCAUCUGUGCGCCCUGGGCCGACAAGACGUUCGCCUGCAUGGCCGACGGGCACGACCACAGCGCCUGCUGCAGGGCUCGCGGUCUGCCGCAGAUCUGCGUCGAGCUGUGCGCCGGAAACGUCACCAAGAUCGACUUCAGAUACUUCCGGUGUCUGGGCUUCAUGGGCAGCUACGCCUCGUGCCUGAUGCAGGGGUACGGCGUGGUGCCGUCGGCGCCGCGCGAGCCUCGUGUGGCGCUCAUGGACAGUGGUUUCGCCGUGGUACGCUGGAACCCGCCCGAGCAGCUGGCCGACACUGUGCAGAGUUAUACGUUGCGGGUUCGGCCGCUGCGCGGCGCCACCUACAUCACCCACACGGACGUUCACGCUCCGUACCUACUGGAGGACCUGCAACCCGCCACAGAGUACGAGUUCUUCGUGGAGGCAGUCAACCCUCGCGGUCCCGGCGUGCAGAGCUCUCGUGUUAUCUUCCAGACGCUGGCGGAAGUGGAGCGCGAGGAGGAGGCGGAGCAGUCCACCUACAGCCUUAGCUCGUGUUGUCUGAGGGCGGAGAUGAGUCCGGCCUGCAUGCCCCUGUGCCACUACGACGCCCGCAUGUCCACCAUGCGGGGGCUGGCUCACAUCUGCGCGCCGGAGUACCACAAGCUGAUGCGCUGCUCGGCCGGCGGCCGGGACCACACGCCCUGCUGCCGCCGGCGAGGCGUCCCCUCCGCCUGCCUGCCCGCCUGCCGCGGCCAGAGCUCUCUCGAGGCCGACUGCCUGCCGUUCGUCGGCAACCUGUGGCAGUGCUUCGAGGAGGGCACCGGCCUGCUGCCGCCGCCGGUGACGGCGCUGCACGCCAGCGGCGUGACCAACAGCAGCGUGGUGCUCAUCUGGGAGGAGGAGGCGCAGAAUGUCACCGGCUUUCAGGUGCGGUACGGUCCGGUGGGCACCAUCAGACGCAGCACGCUGGGGAUGGAGGAGCUGGAUCAGGUGCUGAACGUGACCAAGGAGUUCGCCGUGGUGGGCGGCCUGAGCCAAGGCCAGGUGUACGGCUUCACAGUGGUGUCGGUGAACGACCACGGUACCUCCCUGCCGACCUCGGUCAUCACAGUUAAUGUCACCGCGCAAGAUGACGUCAUGCAGAAGGCGAUGACGUCACACCCGCACAGUCUGAGCGUAACCGACCUAUCAGCGACCGAGCUAACCAUCAGCUGGGCGCCGCCACUCAUCUCCCAUCCGACCGAUCGUAUCCGCUACAAGAUUUCGUACCGCGGUCCGAACGCCACGGACUUCACCAACGUGACAACGGCCGCUCUCUCUCACCGACUGCAGGAGCUUCAGCCCAACUCCCAGUACAUCGUGUUUAUCACGGCGCUGAGUGGAACGGGAGAAAGCCGGCCCUCCGAGACACUCCAGCUGUGGACCAGACCGGCUUACCCUGCGUAUGUGGAGCUGCCGACCAUCCACCCGACGGACAUGGUGAAGGAGGGCGGCAGCAUGACCGUCCUCUGCAUCGCCAUGGCCUCGCCGGAGCCGACGGUGGCGCUGUACAUUAACGGACGACAUGUGCAUGAGGAGCGCACCCGCCACCUGGUGACGUCGAUUCGGAACGUGAGCCGUGACAUGACCCAGGUUACGUGCUACGCCGACAACGGGUAUGGCACGCCCAUGCAGUCAACCCGGCAUAUCGUCAUCAGCCGCCGUCCGAUCGUGACCUCGCGGCCCGAGUUCACGGCACCGGAGGGCAGCUCGGUGACCCUCCGCUGUAGAGUGGACGCCAGCCCCGAGCCCCAGAUGGUGUUUUGGCGCCAACCCGCCGCCAAACGAGAGGUGGUCAUCGACGGAGGCAACUUCGAGGUCAUCACACAGCGCGGCCGCAAGGAAGGAGAGUACACCAUGGAGCUGAAGAUCAGGGAGGUGGCGGAGGAGAACUUUGGUCAGUUCUUCUGUCACGCGGAGAACGUGUUCGGCCUCCAUGACCAAACACGUUGA